GCUGCCCUGUAGCCUGGCACUAGUGACAGCAGCAGGCAGCAUCCCUCGAGGGUGGCUCAGGGAUGGGCUGUGCUCCCAGCAUCCACGUCUCUCAGAGCGGGGUCAUCUACUGCAGGGACUCAGACGAGUCCAACUCGCCACACCAGACCACCACCAUCUCCCAGGGCACCGCUGCCACCCUGCACGGGCUCUUCAUCAAGACCGACGCCGCCGACUCCAUCCCUUCUGUGCUCGCCUAUCAGAGCCGCUAUCCGCCUGCUGCACGCUCCGGGUCCAGGAAAGAGCGCAGGGAGCCCGGACUGCACAGCUGUUUAGAGGCCGAGACCCAGACCAGUCACACCAGUGUCAAGCAGGUUUCAUCAUCAGAAUCGUGGUUGGGACCUAUGAGACUAACACAGGAUCCUAUACAGGUGCUGCUGGUGUUCGCAAAGGAAGACAGUCAGAGCGAUGGCUUCUGGUGGGCCUGUGACCGGGCUGGGUACCGGUGUAAUAUAGCCAGAACACCCGAAUUGGCUCUGGAGUGUUUCCUUGAUAAACAUCAUGAAAUCAUUGUCAUAGACCACAGGCACCCAAGGUACCUCGACGCAGAGGCGGUUUGCAGAUCAAUUCGAGCAACAAAGCCAUCAGAGCACACUACAAUCCUUGCUGUAGUCCCACGUUUACCAUCUGAUCAAGAAGAAAUGUCGGUCCUUCCUCUCAUGCAUACUGGAUUCAACAGAAGAUUUUAUGAGAAUAACAGUAUGAUUGCCUGUUACAAUGAACUUAUCCAGAUAGAACAUGGGGAGGUGCGCUCACAUUUCAAACUGCGGUCCUGCAAUUCAAUAUUUACUGCGUUAGAACACUGCCAAGAAGCCAUAGAGAUUACAAGUGAAGAACAUGUCAUACAGUAUGUUAAUCCAGCUUUUGAACGGAUGAUGGGCUAUAGCAAGGAGGAACUCCUGGGGAAAGAACUGAUAGAAUUGCCAAAAAGUGACAAGAACCGAGCAGACCUUUUAGAUACCAUCAAUACAUGCAUCAAAAAGGGAAAGGAAUGGCAAGGGAUUUAUUAUGCAAGACGGAAAUCGGGAGACAGCAUCCAGCAACAUGUGAGAGUCACUCCUGUAGUCGGUCAGGGAGGAAAAAUUAGACAUUUUGUGUCCAUCAAGAAGCUGUGCAGUGGCAGUGACAACAAUAAACAGAUCUAUAAGAUAAGCAGAGAUGAGAAAUACUCUGGAGAGAAUGCACUUACAGAGUCCAAUUCCCACUCAUUUAGACAUAAGAACAGAAGGAAAGAGUCAAUAGAUGUAAGGUCGAUCACAUCACGGAGCACAGCCAGUUUACAGAACCACAGGUAUUCAUCAAUGGCACGGAUUCACACCAUGACCAUAGAGGCUCCCAUUACAAAGGUCAUUAACAUAAUAAAUGCAGCCCAGGAGAACAGUCCCGUGACUGUGGCAGAGGCGUUGGACAGAGUAUUGGAAAUUCUGAGGACCACAGAGCUCUAUUCUCCACAGCUGGCAACCAAAGAAGAGGAUCCGCACACAAAUGACCUUGUUGGGGGUCUGAUGACAGAUGGUUUGAGAAGACUUUCAGGAAAUGAAUAUGUUUUCUCAAAAAACAUGCACCACAGCCAUAGCCACCUAUCAGUGCCAGUUACGUCGGUCAAUGACGUUCCACCUCGUAUAGCACAGUUACUCGACAAUGAAGAUACCUGGGACUUUAACAUAUUUGAACUAGAAGCUGUUACAAAUAAAAGGCCGUUGGUUUACCUUGGACUUAAAGUGUUUGCCUGCUUUGGAGUAGGUGAGUUUCUCAAUUGUUCGGAAGCUGUUCUGCGUUCCUGGCUACAAGUGAUUGAAGCCAACUACCAUGCGUCUAAUGCUUACCACAACUCCACACAUGCUGCUGAUGUCCUGCAUGCCACAGCCUUUUUCUUGGAGAAGGAAAAUGUAAAGGCCAGCCUUGACCAGCUGGAUAAGGUUGCCGCUCUAAUAGCUGCCACGGUACAUGAUGUUGAUCACCCUGGACGCACCAACUCUUUCCUGUGCAAUGCAGGCAGUGAGUUAGCCCUGCUUUACAAUGACACGGCUGUAUUAGAAAGUCACCACUCCGCGCUCGCAUUUCAACUCACUGCAAAGGAAAACAAAUGCAAUAUUUUCAAGAACAUGGACAGGACCCAGUAUCGAACACUUCGCCAAGCCAUAAUUGACAUGGUAUUAGCCACAGAGAUGACCAGGCAUUUUGAGCAUGUGAACAAGUUUGUAAACAGCAUCAACAAACCCAUUGCAGCUGAGGAGACCAACUCAAAUCAGAGGAUAAUUGUAAAUCUAUUAAAUUCACCGGAGAAUCGUGUACUCAUCAAACGUAUGAUGAUUAAAUGUGCAGAUGUAGCUAACCCCUGCCGACCUCUGGAUUUAUGUAUAGAAUGGGCCGGGAGAAUCUCCGAGGAGUAUUUUGCUCAGACCGAUGAAGAAAAAAGACAAGGUUUGCCAGUGGUGAUGCCAGUAUUUGACCGAAACACUUGUAGCGUACCUAAAUCCCAAAUAUCAUUUAUAGAUUAUUUUAUCACAGAUAUGUUCGAUGCGUGGGAUGCUUUUGCACAUCUGCCAAACCUCAUUCAACACUUGACUGAGAACCACAAGUAUUGGAAGUCAUUAGAUGAGUUAAAGUGUAAAAGUCUCAGGUACACAUCUGACUGAAACAAAUAAAAGAAGCUUAGUAACCUCUUAACCUACCUGCACUGUGAACCAUUUCCUUUUGGAAUGAUACAGAAUAAGGGAACUGUAUUCCGGACUCUGGAUGGAGCAAUUGUACAGCAGACUUGUUCUUUUAACUCACCAGUUGAUGCCCACAUGAAGGCUUGGACUUUAUUUUAAAGGGAAUUAUCUACAACUGGUGGAUGCUUUGCUCUUAUUUCUAAGUUUUUACACUAUUUUACACUGGCUACUGAUAUCCAGAAGCAGAAAUCUACAGACAAUUUUGCAGUUUUAUUAUUAGUUGGAACUGUAGAACUGCAUCACCUUUUUUUGUUAAGCUUGACU